AGGCUGCGCGCGUGUGUAAACGAGAGACGGAGUAACUAGUUGUGCGUGUUUGUCUGAUUUCCGUUCCUGACUAAGGUAGUAUUCACCUGUCUCUCCUCUAAACCACACAUAGACACACAAUCCCAAGCAACCGUGAUCCCCCACCCCCUGACGGGCACACAGCUCGACUUCCCAUCGCACCAUUUCGCUCCGUGUCUCUUCACGCCUCCUCCCCCUUCCACCGUGGAUUUUCCUCUCUGAAUCAGAGCCUGGUGUGUGUAAUCAGAUGGCAACAGCUGAUAAUCUGACAGCACUCCCAUUCGGUCCUGUUCACAUGGACCGGAGAGAGCGAGAGGAGGAGAGGAGACAAGCUGGCUGGUCUGCGGGGAAGGAAGCGAGAGGAGGAAGUGGGAGACACUUCACAAUGGAGGAAGGAAAACACCCAACAUCUGAGAUCUACCUCCCAAGCAUCAGUCUUGGAUUUGUAGAUGGUGAAAAGGUUCAAGACCAUGAACUACCAAUCAUUUCUGUAUCCAAAAGCUCCACAGAAAUGGUGAGUGGAUCUUUUCAACACACGGAGGUGCCGUGGUGCCACCAGCAUUUACAUAAGAGUGUCAGCAGCACUGCCUCCACAGUAAGGCCCGCUAGUAUGGGCGGACCGGCGACGAGAGUCCCUGUGACCUUGUGUGACUACGAUCAAGGGAGCAUGUGUAGUGGUAACAGCACUUCAGAAAGUGUAAUCUGGCACGGAGGAACUGCAAGACCAUGGAGCAUCACUGAAGGCUCACCCAGAAGGACUCAAGAUCUACUCCUUACACAAAAUCAGACUCAUAGAAGAGUGCCAUGCUCACCAUCCACUAAUAGGGAUCUAAGGAUGAAGGGUCUGGUGAGCAGGGAGGGAUACUGUCAAUGUUGCGGACCUGCGGAGAACUUUACGGGAUGCAGUUGUUGCAGAAUGGGUUCUUCAGUGGGAAAGGUAGCGAAUACAGUGGACCACGCUCCGAAUAACUGUGAAAGCCAACAUCUAUCAGCAUGCCGCAGAUCUGCCUGUGCCGGUCACGUGAUGAACACCACCUGCUUGAGGAACGUUUGCAGUGCCGUUCCCUGUCCUGGACAUUUGCUAUCAAGGCCAGCUUGCACAGGAAGCCCGUGUGCGGGUCAAAGGUCACUGCUUCAUUCCGGAUUGCUCGGUUUUCCGCCACUCGUAUCCUCAGUCAGCGAAACCAGAUUGGACAGUCGAAGUGCUGUACACUGCUGUGGAUCGGAAUUACAUGGACAGAACUCCUCUUGCCUUAGAACUGACCGCCCAGAUCAGGACGGCCAUAACAGGACAACAAAAGAUGCCACCACCAUGACGUCUGAACAUAAACUCAGAGAUAUUGGCGUGCAGACCAUGUCCUCCAAUUCCCUCGGUUCCUCUAUUUCUCACCUGUUUCCGGAAAUCAAUUUAAGAGCAGACCCUAUCUUGGAUGCAUCUGUGGCAACAGAGCGCAAUUGUCACAGGAGCCCUGUGAAAGAGGUGGAAUGGGACGCUGAGGGUAUGACAUGGGAGGUGUACGGUGCGUCUGUGGACCCAGAAGAACUUGGCCUUGCAAUCCAGAAGCAUUUGGAGCUGCAGAUAAAAGAGACGGCAGCUGCCGCGGCUGCUCGGUGCGAAUCUUCAGAGACAGUCAACGGCCUGGCGCUGCAGUCCAGGCGACGCAAGAAGAGCGAAGGAAUUAUAAGGUCUCUGCGCAGUUCAGCAUGUUGCUCUAACACUAGUACUCUAGAAGACUGAAGCAGGUGGCCGGGUGAUAACGGUAAAGUUACCGUUCAGUGUUUACAGAUUGUGAUGUGUACCUGCUGUACAUUCAAAUAUGGCCUUCUUGUCUCCAAAGUACCUUUUAGAUCAUCUUUCGGCAACAUACUUUUUAUUAUGCUGGAUGUUGGUUGGUUGGUUGGUUGUUAGAUCUGCAAACGGCAGAAAAGUGAUCAUCCAGGGGAACUUUAAAGUUAGUCUCAGCCUUAGUAAGACCACCACGCGUCUAAAAAAAUAAAGGUUUUUGUCUGGCUGUUUCCCAGCAAGCAAUAACCGUCAUUUCACCGUAUAGGUUAACUAUAGACCCGAUAUAGUCUGGCUAUUAGUAACCCACUUAAACUUGAAGCAAUGAUGUAGUAGUUACAUUCAAGCUGUUUUAAAGCAUGAAGAAAUUACUGUCACAGCAAAAACUUUUUCAUAUGCUAUAAUGCUCAAAUAUAAGUUUAAGUGAUUAUGAGGCGGUUUCCCAGACAUGGUUUAGAUUAAGCCAGGACUAGGACAUAUUAGGACAGUUAAAGGCGGAGUCCACGAUGUUUGAAAAACGCGCUGGAAAAGGAGACGGGCCGACUACCAAAACACACUUAUAGCCAAUCAAAUCAAAUCAAAUGCCGGGUUGCGUAUGUGUGGGGCGGGUCUAUCAACAGAAGGUCCAGAUUCUAUUGGGGUAGGGGCGUGUUUGUUUAGGUGAUUUCAAAUAUCAACAUUGGCUUUCAAACAUCAUGGACUCCGCCUUUAAGUAGUAUUUACAAACAUACCUUACAAAAAAAAAUGGCACUGAUAUAUUUUAAAGGAUUAGUCAAUUUUCUUUAAAAAAUCCAGAUACCAUGUCACCACCAUGUCAUCCAAAAUAUUUAUGUCUUUCUUUGUUCAGUCAAGAAGA